GCAGGUGGCAACAACAACAUCUAGAGAGAGAUAUUUCUUCUUCCGGUUUGGCAGCUCUUCCUUUCCUGUCGGCCAUUUAUCGUAUCGAUUUGUAGGCGACCACCUGUACGACCUGUAAACAUGCAGAACGACUCUGGUGAAUUUGUGGACCUCUACGUCCCACGUAAAUGCUCUGCUAGCAACAGAAUCAUUGGAGCGAAGGACCAUGCCUCCGUCCAGCUCAACAUCGCUGAGGUUGACAAAGUGACCGGUCGCUUCAACGGUCAGUUCAAGACCUACGCGAUCUGUGGAGCCAUCCGCAGAAUGGGUGAGUCUGACGACUCCAUCCUGAGGCUGGCAAAGAAUGACUCUAUUGUUGCAAAGAGCCUCUAAGUGUGACGCUGCAGCAGAGGAAACUUUGCAAAAAAAUAAAAUGGGGGGGAAAAAACAACUUUUGUUGCCGUUGUAGUAAUUUCUCGUCAACGAAUAAAAGACGUAAACCGGUUACGUGUUCCUUACA